CUCUCUCUCUCUCUCUUUCUCUCUCUCUCUCUUUCUCCCUCUCCCUCUCCCUCUCCCUCUCCCUCUCCACGCUCACGAGAACUGCAUUUCGCACAAAAGUCAUCGAAGCCUCGUACGACAGGUAGGCGGCGAACACAAAACGCUGACGUGUGAAAGUGACGAGUGAAUUAACUGUCUCUGCCGAUAUUAGCAGAAUGAACGAGGAAUACGCCGAGUAUCGAUGUUCGACAUGUAAGAAGGCGAUAAAAACGUAGGUGAUCGCAUGCAAGUCCUGUGCUAAGCUUUUCUACCAUCCAGGUUGUGUAUCUAAAAAAUUUAUGAUAGAAACCGCGAAUUGGUGUCGUAUCCUGGCCCAUUCGAGAAGUUCAUUAUUAGUGACGGUAAUAAAUUAGUUGAUAUAAAUAAAGCAGCGGCAUUGACAGGAAGAACAACGGGACCUGCAAAAAUGAGUCCGGCGACAAGCAGCGGGAAUAAAGUGAGACACGAGUGGAGCAGGGGAUAUCGAUAGAAAAAUAGAUAUGCUUGUAAGAACAGUGAAAGAAUUAAAAGAUGAGACAGCAUGUAAAAAGAAGAUCAAGUCAAUGAUAAAAGAAAUAGUCCGUGAGGAGAUGGGAGGCUUUAAACAGGAAUUAGAAGAAUUAAGAAAAAUGUGGAUGCAAGGGGCAUAUGGACAAUCUGGUGGAGCGUCAAGAAAAUAUAGCGACAUGAUUAAAGGAGGAAGGAGGAAAAAAUCUUGAUUAUAAAACCAAAAGUACAAGAGAGUAAAAUUACGAAGAAAACAAUUAAAAAUAAAAUUGAUAUAACCAAGAUGGAAAUAGGAAUUACCAAAUUAAGAAAGGGAGGUAAAGGGACAGUGAUCUUAAGAUGUGAGACGGAAGAAGAGAAGGAAAAGCUAAAGGCGACGGUACAAGCGGCAAUGGGUGAGGAGGUCAAGAUCUCGAAGCCACAGAAGAGGAAACUUAAGAUUAAAAUAAUUAAUGUUGGUGGAGAGGAAAUGAAAAUGGAGGAUGAUAAAUUAAUAGAUACAAUCAAGAAACAGAAUAGAAUUGGCAAAAAAUUCUGUAUGCACUUAGUGAAGAAAAUAUUAAGAGGAAAAAAUAAGGAUAUUGAGCAAGGAUCCGUAAUAAUUGAAGUAGACGAAAGCACUCAUAAAUCACUAAUAAACAGAGUAAAAAUAAAUUUAGGAUGGCGAAAGUGUUCUAUAUUUAAUUAUAUUAGUGUUAGAAGAUGUUUUAAAUGCUGGGGCUAUUAUCAUAUUGCCAAAAAUUGCACGAGACAGGAAACAUGCUAUAAAUGUGCAGGAAAUCAUAAGGCGAAUGAAUGUACGACGGCAUAGAAGGUGUGUAAACUGUAUCUAUAAAGACGGAAUUCCACUGAGGCAACACUAAGCGACAUGUAGUAUGCCACAUGUCAUCUAGUGUCGCCUAUUUUUGAUGCGCGAUUUCAAACCGUGCCACAAACUCGAUGUCGCACGAGAAAUUUGUCGCCCAAUGUCGUAUGCGCCUUGUCAUUUGUGUUUGUAGUAUGCGGCUUAAUCAAUUUCAUUGAAGCAACAUCAGUAUCGUGCGCCAUGUCAUUGGAAACGGUAGCAGCAGCUGCUUAUUUGGUAAUAGCGUUAAGUGGCAAAAGAAAAAAACGAAGGAAACCAAGGUGGUGGAGAAGAGAACUAUUUAUUGGGAGUCGAAAAUCUGAAAAUAAAUUUUUAAAUAAAUUGGUUGCGGACGAUAGCGCUUUAUUUAAAAACAUUAUGCGGAUGAGUAGAGAAGAUUUUGAAUUUUUGCUGAAUUUGGUUACACCGAUUAUAAGAAAAUCGGACACCAACUUUCGUGAUGCAAUACCGGCUGAUGUGAGAUUAUUAUUGACAUUGAGAUAUUUAGCCACCGGCGACAGCUAUCCUUUACUUAUGUAUCUGUUCCGGAUCUCUGAGACAAGUAUUUCACGAAUUAUUCCAGAAGUAUGCAGAGUUUUGAUCAACGUUCUACGUAAUUUUGCAAAGAUUCCUUGCACAGAAGACGAGUGGAGGAAGAUUGCAAAAGAUUUUGAAGUUUCGUGGAAAUAUCCACACUGUGUCGGAGCUUGUGACGGAAAACACAUCGUGAUCCAAAACCCAAAAAACAGUGGCAGUAAUUUUUUUAACUACAAAGGAACCUUCAGCAUUGUUUUGAUGGCCAUUGCAGACGCCAACUAUUGUUUUACGUACGCCGAUAUUGGUUGUCAAAGCAGAAUUUCAGACGGAGGAGUGUUUCGUGAAACAACGUUUUACAAAAAAAGGUCGAAAAACAAUCUGGGAUUACCACCCCAUGAACCUCUUCCUGGAAGUAAUAAGUUAUCGCCCUAUGUUCUAGUGGCGGAUGAUGCGUUUCCCUUGCAGAUACACAUUAUGAAACCUUUUCCCGGCUACCAUGAGAAGGGCUCUUGUAAGAGACAUUACAACUAUAGACUUUCACGUGCUCGCAGAGUAGUGGAAAACGCUUUUGGAUUGUUAGCAUCAGUCUUUCGUGUCUUUAGAAGACCAAAAAUGUUAAAUGUGGAAAAUGCUGAGAUUAUCACAACGGCAUGCAUUUAUCUGCAUAACUUUUUGAGAAAAAGUACAACUUCGAAAGCACUAUAUUCACCUCAAGGAACUUUUGAUACUGACACACGAGAUGGAAACAUUAUUCCGGGAUCAUGGAGGUCAAUAACGCAAGACGACAUUGGUAUGAAGAAUUUAAAACGCGGUAGAGCACGGAGGUCAACUUUGGAAGCCAAAGAAGUGAGGGACGAAUUUAUGAGGUACUUUACAUCAGACGAAGGACAUGUACCGUGGCAAGAUCAUUACUGAUAAUUUAAUGAAGUUGUAAUAAAAUAAAAUACAAAGAAAUAAAUAUAUAUAAACUUACCUCAGAAUUUUUUUCAUCA